ACUGAUUUACAUGGUACUCAUUACAAACAAGUUAUAAAGCUACAUAGGAAACAGCUAAAAGUCCGCCCUAGCCUUAAACAAUGAACAGAGCCGCCAUUUUUUUCUGCCGCUGCCACGCCAAGGGGUGGAUUGCCUAACCGAAUGCAACACAAUAACAUAUGACGUCAAGGCAGAAUUUGGCGUCGGUGAUUGGUUUGCAGUCUGACGUCAUGACAACAACGCAUGCGCCCUACUAUCACAGGAAAAUUCCGUUGAGGAAGAAAGCAUUGAGACUGACGCCAGACGGACAAGUACCAGAUCAGUCACCUGUUUUUCUGGUCAUAUCCAGUCCAUUGUUGGUCUUUGACAGAUUAUUUCUUCAGAAAGGAAAAUUCUGUUGACCAAGAAAGCGUCGUGACAGACAGACAAGCACAGGGCAGUACGGGCCAGCUUCAGAUCAGUCACCUUUUUCUGGUCCUAUCCAGUUCAUUGUUGGUCUUUAACAGAAAGAAGGUCAUAUAGAAGUAUGGCAGCUGCAUCACAAAUACAUGUACAGGGGCCUCAGUAUCAUGGAGCGACUACAGUGCAAGCAAGAAAACGGCAGUUGAUACUGCAACUGCCAAAUGAGUCACCUCAUCAUAAAACAAGACCCAGGACAGAAACAGCAGACUUCAGAAAAUUCUGUCAAGAUCUUGGCUUCCAGGAAAAAUUUCCUGACGAUAUUCUGUUCAUGCCAGAAGAGGUUAGAGGACACCAAACAAGAGAAGAAUGGAUUCUUCAACUGAUGCAGGAAAAGUAUGAGGAGAGACUAAGUGAGAAUGACAGUAUGACAAGUCUCACUUUUGAUUCUCUAGCAGCAUUAGGGUUCUCUUAUGAUAAGAUACAGGCCAUAUUGGGUAGAAUCCCACAGCGGCUCAGGCCCUAUGAGGAGACAAUUUAUUGGGCACAGCAAAUUGUAAGUGAUGACCUCUUCCAUAUGCAGAAUGAGUGUCCAAUAUAUCCUUUUAAUGAUGCAUCCUCGUACAAAGUCACUUCAUGGCCAAAUCAACAUGAGAAAACUGAAGUUUCUACUCAAGACUUAACAUUUGUCAAUAUGCCCGGGUUUAGCCGUGGGUCCAGGAGUGUAGGGAAUAGCAUUAAGAAUCUGACAGGCUUUCCUAAAGCUGGGCCUGGUGAGUUGAUGCUAUAUCAUGCUACAUCACAUGAUUCAGUAGCUCAUAUUCUUAAAUAUGGAGUUGACCUAGAAAAGGGAAAGAAACCCAGUGACUUUAGCAAUGGUUACAGUUUCUACCUAGAUCCUGAUGUGGAUAGCUGUUAUGACUUUGCAGGUCGUAUCAAAAGUGCAAAGGCUGUUUUGGUUUUCAAGGUGACUGAGGAAGAUUUCACUAGUACUGAUAACACAUUGAACUUGUGUGAUGCUAAGCACAAGGGUCUUUGGCAAGAGGUAGUCAAGAGACACAGGCAGCCUGCUGGGGUCCCUAAAGCAGUGAAGAAGCUACAGGAAGAGUUUGGUUUGUCUAAGCCUUACAGGAAUUAUGAUGUGGUGUUUGGGCCAUGGUGCAAAAAUAUUGAUGAGGUUAUGAGGCCAAAGAUGCCACAGCUGCCUAAACCAAACGAACACCAAGUCCAGUACAUGGUUCAAAGUCAGGAAUUAGCUGAUAAACUGAAUCAGUCCCUGAAAUGUGUUUUGUUUUUCCCUAAGAGUAAGAAGUAGUUGCACUGACCCAAGUAAUGACAAUAUUGUACAUGUACCAUAGCCAAUAAGUACAAUGUACUUUCCAUUGGCAGUGAUUAAAUUGGAAUAGAAUCAGAUGUACAAGUAGUAAUGUACAUAAUGCAGGGCUUGAAAUUCAUUUUUGAGAAUAGGUGCACCCAACCUGAAAAAUACAUUGUACAUGUAUCAUAUUGUAUUCAUUAUUGAUGUGUUUUUAUAUCAUAUGUUAUCAUUAUUAGUCCGGGGUUGGAUGUGUUGUUGGUGAUACUGUGGUUGACCACUUAAUGUACGCGGACGAUAUUUGUUUGAUCUGUCCUUCUGUGAGGGCCCUACAGAAACUAAUUGACAUUUGUGAGCACGCGGGAACGGACAUCGACAUGUUAUUUAACGAUAAGAAAACAAUGUGUAUGUAUUUCCCAUGUUGCCGAUUCCGCCUGCACGGCCCACCUCCCCAACUGAAGUUGUACGGCUCCACAUUAGCAUAUGUUUCAACUGCCAAUUACCUUGGGUAUUACAUUACCCCUGACCUGUCAGAUGAUUCAGCCAUCCGGUGCCAGGUUAGAAGAUUUUACUCUAGAGCAAACUUUCUACUUCGUAGGUUCCACUACAGUUCAGUUGAGGUGAAAUGGAUUCUUUUUAAUAGCCAUUGCACCCCUAUGUAUUGCUCUCAGAUAUGGGCAGAUUAUAGUGUGGGCAUGAUUUCUGGAUUGCGAGUGGCGUACCACAGCGCCUUGAAGCUGUUACUCUCUGUUAGCAGAAGCACUAGCAACAGCCAGUUAUUUGCCAACCUCGGAAUCGACACUUUUGACGCUAGACGUAGGAAACAAUUGUAUUCUUUUGUCACUCGGCUACUUCAUAGUGACAAUACGAUCAUCUCUACGCUAGUUCACUCUGACGGCUAUUACCUCAGCACAUUCUGGAGGCACUACAUUAACCUAGUUUUUAAGUUGUUUAUUUUCUCUAGGUAUAGUUUGAUUAUCGUGGUAUUAGUUAUUGUAUUUGUUACCACGCCUCCAUUUCUUCUUGUCUGUCUGUUCUCGAUGUGAUAUGGGCCAGAUGGCCUGAAUUAAAGAACAAAUAUAAAUAAAUUAUUAAUAGUAAGGUUGUGAAAUUACCUUUUAGUUAUUACAGUACCACAAAAUCUUCAUGUAACCUACAUGACACUGUCUUAUACAUGUAUCAGGUAUACAACAUGACUACCUGUAUACAUGUGUACAUGUACAGUUGUCAUGUAGCACAAAGCCUAGAAGAAUUGUACAUAAUUAUGAGUGCUUUACAAUGUUCAGUGAAUUGUUUGUUAGAAUAGACUGUCAGUUAAACCUGCCUGGUUGUGGGAACUUUAUACUUUGAUUACUUUGUAAUAAAGCUUCUGAAUCCGU